GAUUGUAUUUUCAUUUUCAUGCAGAAGUCAAUACAGGAAUAUAUUUAGAAAUUUGUAAUUUCCAGGCAAUGCAGUUUUGAGAAUUUUCACUCGUAGACAUUGUUAAAACAAUGUCUGGGAGUUUGCAAGACAACUGCCAAUGGUUGUCUGUCACAGAGGAAACACUGUUUUUGCAUGAUGGUUUGAUAAGAGUGACAGAUUUGGUGGAACUUCCCCGAGACGUCAAUAGUUCUCAUGAAGUGGAUAACGAAGUUAUAAGCUUUGAUCUGAAAAACCCAAAAGAGCUCAGUAACCGACUUCUUGCAGUCUGUGGGACGCAGAACAAUGCAUAUACCAAAUUAUUAGAAUAUCGUUUGAAUGCAUUGAGGGGAUAUUGGAAUGCUCAAAGACAGGUUGUCCUUGAUGAACAAAAUGAAAGAGAGGCGAACAACAGCGAAGAAACUCUUGCCAUAUUGAAAAAACAAGGAUUAUACAAAGAACCGGAGCAGGCAUCUUUCUCUACGAGGAUAAGUGUACUUUUAGUUAUACCUUUGCUUCAAUCUCAGAGCCGUAUAGACUCCAGUUUAUGUGGUGUUACUUCAGAACUUCUUCUAAAUUGUCUCAGGGAUUGUGCCCCGCUAAGUUUAUCCAAAGAACCUGGAGACUGUUUAAGAGGACUUGAAAAUCUAUUGUGCAGUUGGCUGGGAGAAAACACAAGUGAUGAAAAUGUAAAAGUUGAAGAAGAUCAGCACCAAAGAGAAAAUAUUGCAUCAGCUUUGGUUGCAUUAGCUUGUGCAAGGGGGCACUUAAAAACACUUAUUCAUGUUGUCCACCUUUUGCAAAACCUUCCGAACCUUGAGUCCCUACAUACAAGUGAUGUUCUUGGGAAACUCUUGGAGACAGAAGGGGGGCCUGGGCAACCAACAGCUGUAUUGGGAAGUAAGCACAUAUUGUGCUGGGGAUUUGAAGAUCUACUGAGUACACCCGACAAAGAAAAUGUAGCAGUCCCUGCCAGUGAGAAAGAUAAAGAAAAACAAGUUGAAUCUGAGAUUGGCAGAAGCCUUGCAUGUGAUGGGGUAUUUCUAUACACCACAAACUCCCAGGGAAAGAAUCUGGCCAAGAUUGGAUCAGGACUUCAUGGAACUCUUAGAGGCUAUGUCUAUAGCAGGAACUUAGAACUUGGCCCUGGAAAGGUUGCAUAUGGAAAUAAACUUCUCAUCUACCGACCCUCAGCAUUUGAUAAUGAAGCUGAGAACUCAAAUUUUUGUCAGAUAAUAGACCCAAGCUCACUAAAGCCAAUUAAAACCUUGCUUACACCUCAUGGUUUCAAAAAUGAAGGGGCACAAACAACGAUUGGAUUUUGUUCGGAUGGACGUUUCUUCUUUUGGAUUUGGGUGCCCAUCCUUCCUGGUGAUAAAAGUGCCAAAGGAAUUCCUGUAUACCUCGAGAUGUUUGACAUUGAUGAAGAAAAGGGAGCUAUAAUCCCAACACAGCCACAGAUCACACUGAUCAAGAAAGAUGACGCCGGUGCUAAAAGCUUGAACGAGAGCUUCCUGUCCAAACUCCGUCCAUUCCGGGGCAGUACCUCAGCAGCCACACUUGUAGCUUUAACGGGAGGGGAUCCAUUGUCCACCAAGAAAGAGGAGCCAGCAUCAGGAGCGGUGGGCAGUACCUCCUGCUCUGUUUCCCUGAAGAACCUGAUCAGGAGCCCCAUGUUCUGUGAUGGCAGUACGCUAGUGAUACUAACCAGUCCGGCGGGGACCAGCACCAGCACUUCCGCAACACGUUCACUGUUUGGGGGCACGCUAUCUGGACUCAGAUUACUUGCCAGUAACAUGUGUUUCAAUGUGGAGACAGGACAAUUCAACACCAGAUCGGACCUAAGUGAUGCCCCUACCUGUGCCCUUGGUAGAGGGGCCCCCCUACAGGGACUGGGGGUGUGUUUUGAUGUGAGGAACAAUAUGAUAUGGAUGUGUAGCAACGACUGGGUGGACCAGUUCUUUAAUCCAGGUCACCAGUCUCCCCAUCAUAUCCACAGAAGGUUAAAGGUCACAGAUGAGGUCAUCCUACCACCAGAGGACAUGGUUCCAACCUCCAUAGCAGUACGCUGUAUCCUACAGCAUGUGGGCAGUAUGUGCCUCCACCAAAUUAACAAUGACUUGCUACAUAGCCCCCUGGGUAACUGCAUUGUACAGCAGCAUUCUGUGGACAUCGCUCAGUUAAGACGAAUCUAUGACAUCCUGCAGAAAGCCAUGUCAAUCAAGGAUGAUCAGACCAUUAUCUGUACCCUGGUGGUGAUGCAGUUAUUACUGAAAAUAAGCCUGUUCAAACUUGAGAGACCAGCAGAAAUUCAAAUUCUGAAAGAAACAAGAGAACUUCUGUGGAAGUUACUGACAAGCUGCAAUACAGAGUUCAAGGACACCCAGAUUCUGGAGGAGGCGUGUCAAGUUAUCAUGGUCGGGUUACCCGUGCUGUACCCCUCAAACACAGACAAAAGCCAGCUGCUUCAGACUCUGCUCUUUGAUGGGAGAAACAAUGAAGCCUUGCAGAUGUUGAGGGACCUUAUUCUGGUGGACUUUGCUGAUAAACUCAGAGCACAGGCCGUGGAAAAGGAAGAGUCAAGAUACCUGAGAUUAACAGACAGUUUGGUGAACCACAUUUUACAAAUCACUAUCCAGGAAUCCAGUAAACUUCUGAGUGAUGCUGCCAAUCUGAACAAGAACAACUUUGAGGAGAUGCUCUCCUCCUUGCCCAUUGCCUCCCCUUGCCUUCGAUACAUGAUGGCGCUGCAGUCUCAUCUGUUAAGAGAAGCUGUCUUGUUUAAACAGGAGGAAAAUUCUUCACCUGAAAGGAGUAAAUAUCUCCAGGAAAUAUUAAUGUCAGUUGUCCAGUUAGCAUCAAGAGUAUUUUCCGGGUCUUGUGAGGUAUUGGAGGUUCUGCUAGCAACCUGUAACAAUGUCAUCCAUAAUUUCAAAGAAGAGAGAGAGGGACAUCUUCAGGGACUGGAGCGUAUCGCCAAGUCAACCAUUCUGGGACACCUCCUCCCCGUGCUCCUGACGGCCAUGAACCAUGUGAAUCUUCAUUGUCUCCCCUUGGCAGAUGAACUGAUGCCAAAACUUGUGAAUUUGGUUGUGCUUUCCAGUCAGGCUGCCUUGCUCCUGAAGAGUCAGGUGGAGGCUGUGAUGCAGGAUGACCUAGAUUCUGACACUGAUACACACGUGAUGGAGCUAAUGGCCCCCACAGUGGAUAUUGAUGACAUGUCCAGUGAUGACACAGAAGAACAAGGGUUUUUAGCCGGACUUAAGAUUCCCGCCCCCUGGUCCUCGGGGAAGACGGUGGAGAGCAUACACCCUGUGAGGGACAACUACAGGUUUAAGGAGACUGUACACAUCCCCGGGGCCAGGUGUCUGUAUCUUAGGUUUGACCCCAGGAGCUCCUCCCAGUAUGACUAUGACAAGCUGGUGAUAUUUGCUGGCCCGACCACAAACUCUAAGAGAGUUCUGGAGUAUGGAGGGAAUACCUAUGGAUUUGGAAGUAGGAGUGUCCUAGGAUCAGGCUGGCCAAAGGACUUAGUCAAGGUGGAUGGAGACACUGUGACCUUCUCCUUUGAGAUGAGGAGUGGGCGUGAACACAACACACCUGACAAAGCCAUGUGGGGCUUCCUGGUCACCGUCAGAGCCCAGGAAUCCACUGAGGAGGUGUCUAGUGGACUUCCCUUCCUGGCUGAUCUGGCCCUAGGUCUUUCCGUCCUAGGAUGUACCAUGUUACAGCUUUUGUACAAAGGCCCUGAGAAAUCUCUACAGGAGGUCAACUGUCAGCACCUUCUCAAAUCCAAGCUUUUACAAAGGUGUGUGUGGCAGUCUGGCACAGAUCCUAGUGCCCUACUUGAUAGCCCCUCUUCCCCUGAGGAUAACGAUGACUCCUCACUAGCCAGGAUUAGACUCUCGAUGGAAAUUCUACAGAAUCUUAGGAAGCUGUGCAGAAGACAGGUCCCUCAGCUUAGACCGAGCAUCAGGGAUGUGAUUAACCCCGAUGAUCUGGAGGAGAGAGUUGUGUCCACUGUGCUGAAGCACCUGUCUCUACAGGAGACCGUGUUCAAACUAGCCAAGGCUGAGAACCAGCAAACGGAGGAGUUCAUAUUACUAAGGGCUGUCAUACAGGAAGUUUACUCAAAAAUAGACUCGCUGCUACGGCAGCUUCAGACUCUAGCAGAACUGGAACAGAGAUGGCACAAUGAAGUACUUGAUCAGAAAGAGGGAAAUACCACCAUCCCUCCUUUUUUCUGUGAUUUCCAUUUACAAGAGGUACAUACAAAAGGAAAGGAGCUUGCCAUGUUAUGCUUUGUGAAGGAGGUCACAAUGGACUCUGAUAGUGAGAGGGCUGUUAAAAACUUAAGAGAGAAAUUUGAUGAUGAUGUCAGCAAUGAGACUUUCUCCUCAUCGAAAUCUCUCAUGCCUCGGACCCAACACAUUAUGAAGGGCCUCAGAGCUAGACUGGACCUACUUCUGCAGGUCACCAUAGCCCCAGGGGAGGGAAUUCAUGUGGCCCGAUCAGUCUCCAACAAUCAAGAAAGUGUGAUGGGGAUAAUGGUGAGGUCAGACACAGACGUCCUGUCACAGAUCACCCGGAGUAUAUCCGUUCCCACUGGAGUGGAGAGUUUCCAGGACGACUCCAUCCUGGAUAUCACCAUCAAACAGAGGAAAAGAAAGACCCAUCGUAGGACCCCGUCUAGUGUACUACAGGACCUAGUGGAGGGGGAGGGUAGAGACAAACCCCCUCACAUAAUUCUCAUCGAGCAGUUGUUUUCCUUUAUUGGAAGCAAUCCUGAAAAAGCUAUCUCCCCAAAUGACUUCCUGGCAGCAGCAGCAAUACGGCUGAAGAGAGGAAACACACGUAAACAAGCACUGAUUCACAUGAAGGAAUUAUUGACGGCGGCCACUAAAGUGGGCGGAGCCACUCACCUCGUGGCAGCUGUCACCUCUGUCCUACAGUCAGGACCAUGUGUGGAGGAGCUGACCUGUGGAGGGAUGGUGCCACAAGUGAGGGAAGCCUUCGCCGAGACCAUGACUGCUGUGGUACAGCUGGCCAAUAAGUACCCCAUUGCCUGCUCCAACAGUAUCGGACUCCUGUGUACUAUACCAUACACCAGGGCUGAGGAGAAAUGCCUGGUUCGGUCCGGACUGGUUCAUCUUUUGGACAAGUUGUGUAGUCUAGCCAAUCUGAGGUCUGACACCUCAGACACCCAGUCUGUCAAUCAGAAAGUUUCCACCAUGGCGUGGGCAGGGUUUCAGGUCCUGGCUAAUCGCUGUGUCAUGUGGGAGACAGAAGAUGGAAGCCAGAUAGAGGAGUUGGAACACUCGGGCCUGGCCCGUCAGGUGUCAGUACUACUGACCAAUCAUCUUGCCCGAGCCACGGAGUGUAUCGGUAAUGAGGCGGCCGGCACUGAGGCGCUACAGGAUGUCCUGAGUCUGUUGAACACACUGGCACGCAGUAGGAUGGGGAGGGCCAUACUGAGUCAGCCAGCAUGUGUGUCCAAACUCCUGUCAUUGUUACUGGAUCAGAGACCCUCUCCCAAACUUGUCCUGAUCAUCCUACAGCUGUGCCGGGUAGCUCUGCCCCUGAUGAACACAGCUGACUGCGAGCAGGUGGAACUCCCUGUGUGGGGGCAGCACCUGACCAAUACUCACUGGAACACCUCCGAGCCCAUCACCGACCCACCUGCCAAAAUCGUCAGCCUCCUUCUUGCCAAGCUGGGAGACUUCCUUGUUCCAGGUGAUUAUGCCACCUUAGUAAGUCGACGCCCCUCUGUAGACUUGUCACAGGGAACAAAGUCAGCGGACAAAGAGAAGUCAGAAGAAUCCGACAUCCAGGCAGGAAAACUAUCCGUAUUUAUCCACAAGCGAGAGGAUCAGUUAUCUCAUGAAGUCAUUCAACCCCUGCUGGGAUCUGACAACAGACCAUUCAGAAUUGGAGGAGGUGCAAACAUGGAAAGAGUGGUUCGCAUGGACCGAGAAAUGACAAAGCUUGGUAAGGCAGAGGUUACAACAGAAGAUGCCAUAACAGCCUUGAAAAAGGCAGCCAAGUGGGCACAGAUGGGCUUAGUUGUGUCUACUGGCCCACCUGUAGAGAGUGGACAGGCAGACACACCCACCGGAGACAAGAAGAAUGUCAGGAAACAACCAGUGGACGUUGUGUGUAGGGAGAAAAAUACAGAACUAGCCAGAACUGACCCAAUCAGACCAUUUAUAAGUGGACAUGUAGCAAACAACAUGGCUGCCGAGGUGAUAGCCCUACUCCACGGUCUGCUGAGUGCCCCCGAGACCCACUCCGCCCAGUCAUGGUCAGAGGCUGUGCAGAGGGUGUUACACAACUCGCUGUCCUGCCUGCCCCUCCUGCUGGCCUCCUUGGACACCCUGUCCUCCCCCCGCUGUAACAACAGGCAGCUCAUGUCCAUGUCCAAGAUGGCCAACGCUGCACUCUGUGCCCUGGGAGGAUUCACAGAGAUGAUCAAACCAGGCUGUGAGGUCAAGAUGCUGGGGCCUGGAAUAGAUGACAGCCAGGGGACAGUGCUUAGUGUGUCAGAACAGACCGGGAUGGUCAGUAUACAGCUCGACCCUGAGGGUGGUGAGGAUCGGCACCCCCGCUACAGUGACACCAUUCAGGUCCCCAUCACCAGGGUCAUGCCAGUCAGGAACGAGAUCUAUAAAUCCACCAACGUACCAGUCACAGAUUCUCUGGUCAUGGCCAUCAAAGCCAUCCUCCUCCCCCAGGACGACGGAACCUGUCCCCUCCAACAGAACCUGCCCCUCAACGGGGAUGGCAACAGCCUGAGUAACCAGAUGUCCCGAGUGGUGGCCGAGCUCCAGACUCGAGCCUGCAUGGUGCUCGCUCAGUAUCUACAGGACAUCGAGUUCACCAAGGAGUUCAUUCAGCAUUGUGGAUGUACCAUUGAUAUACUGAAGUCACUGGCCAAAGAUUGUAAUUCAGGAGACAGACAAGCAGUGGUUGAGACCCAUUGUGACAGACUGAGAUUACUCUACAGAGACUGUGCUAAACCCCCUCCCCCACCUAGCAAACUAGACAGCCGAGCUAACCAGGAAAUGAUGUUGGAUGCCAAUAGAUCCUUUCCCCCUGUGCGGGCCUCAGUGUUUUCCCAGGCGAUGACAGGAGUUACUUUCCUUGGAGAUCCCAGCACAGGAAGUGGACUCCCUCGAGGAACCAUGAUUUAUGCCAACCAACCAAUCCCUCAACAGGCACCUGCUUUCUACUGGGAGCUGGAGAUCUGUUCCUUUGGGGACAGCCAGGAAGAGAGUGGGGCCGUCAUCUCCUUCGGAUUUGCCCCCUCAGCAGACAAAAAGGACGGGGCCUGGACCAACCCUGUAGGAACCUGCCUGUUCUUAAACAAUGGCAAGGCUGUUCACUACAAUGGAGCCAGUCUGCUGCAGUGGAGGAGUGUACGACUAGACGUAGCCCUCAAUGCUGGGGAUGUGGCUGGAAUAGGGUGGGAGAGGACUGGGGAAUCCCCAGUCCAGGGACAGACUCCCAGGGGCAGGGUCUACUUCACAUACAAUGGGCGUCGCCUCAAUGCCUACAUGGAUGAUGUGUCAGGCGGGAUGUUUCCAGUGGUUCACAUACAGAAGAAGAAUACAAGGAUCAGAGCGAACUUUGGAACGAGGCCCUUUGCCUUCGCCGAGGGACAGCAGCACAAGGAGGCAGCUGAUGCAGCCAAUGACCUGACCCGGGAGAUAAGGGAAAGCUUUGGGCACCUGCCAUUCCACCCUCAUUCAGACAGUGAGAAUGAGGGCAGCCCUCAGCCCAGCCCCGACAGCAGCUCCCCUGAGGAGAUCCAGGCCCCUAAAGGACCCCCUUGUAAAACGGCUACCAUUCCCAAACCUCAGAGUGCUUACAGCCCAGAUGACUGCCUGAACUUCAAGCUCUUCAGUUGCUAUGACAACUUUGUGACUACUGGUCCAGACCCUCGAGGACCGGUCCUACAGGAUGACGAGUCGGAUGAGGAAGUGCAGGAGGAGGACAAUGGAUCCGAGGACCACUACGCCCUCCUGGUGAAGGCCUGGGAACAGAAGGUGUUCCCUGUCAUCAGGAGGAGGUUCAGAAAUGAGGCGCAGAGGAAAGACGGACUGGAGCAGAUCAGAGGAGCCCUACAGCUAGGCAUGACAGAUAUAGCCAGACAAACUGUGGAGUUUUUAUAUGAAGAGAAUGGAGGAAUUCCAAGAGACCUCCAUCUGCCGACCAUAGAAAACAUCAAGGAGGACCUAGCAAAGUUCACCAUAGAGAAAGUGAGGAAAGGCACCACUGUGGUGAUCAGGAACACUGCCGAGACCUCCACCGCCGGCGCCACUGUGCUACCCAAAUUUGCUGUCCGCAGUAUGCUCAAAACAUUUGGUCUGACCGGAAAUGUUCUGGAUGUAGACAAUUCCAACGAGAUUGUACAAGUUGAGGUAUAUUUGAGAAGUGAGGGGGUGCUAGUGCGGUUUUGGUAUCCCAUAGAGAUGCUAGAGAGGCCCCCACAGGGUCUGAGGAAAUCAAGCAUCACAGGAGGACAGAUCCUGGACACCUCCAAUAUCUUCAUUCACAGAGAAUUGUUAUGCUGUGAGUCUGUGUUGGCAAAGAUGUACUGCAGAACAGCCCUACUGAAGCUGAUCGACCACUGCAACUCCCCGGCGAUGGAGAUUGUGUCCUGUUCUGCCAGCAGUCUGGGCUCUGGAAUGGCCGCCAGUGCUGCUCUACUACAGCUGCUGGACAUUGAGAACCUACAGCUCUUGUCCAAUGAACUCCUGUGCCCCCCACAGUCCCAUGGAACUGUCAUGGCAACAUCACUCACCACUGCCUCCUCAUUGGACAAGUGCUUAGCCAAUCAAAUGUGUUCUUUGACUAAGCUCUUGUAUAGAGACGAAGACAAAUUGAAGAGAGAGUUAGCUGUGGCAAUAGCGAGGGCUGCCAAUCAAGGAGAGGAUUACUUGAUUGAGUUGACGACUCAAAUCUGUUUAUGCUUUCAGACUGCUCCAGAAAUGUUUCCUUAUGAGGAAUUUCCUGUCAAUGAGGUCAAGGUUAACACUGACCUUCACUUCCCCGGGGCGGGCUGUCUGGUGGUGUCCUGUAAAACCGACCCAAAAGCCGCCAAAAAAGAUACAUCUUUGUACAAGUCUCCAUGGGCCAGAGUGUUUUCCUACACGGGACAUAGAAUAAAGAAAACAGGAAGUGCUGUCAAAUUGGAGGUGGUCUGUUACCCCCGGGACACUACCUCCACCAGUAACCAGAAUGAACAGUACACCCCCGCCAUCAUCCCCACCGACAGGGUCCACAUCCGACUGGGCGUGUCCCCUCCCCCAGGUAUCAUCCUAACCAUCCACGCCCUACCCCCACAGUUUCUGCUGGCAGUGGCCUACAUAGAGACUCUUAUCACUGAGAAGUAUGGCUGUGGAACCCGAAGCUGUGGGUCGAGGGAGAGCUGUAAGAUGUCGGACAGUCAGCUAGCAUUCCAGAGCAAGGAUAUCCAUGAUAGUCUGUGGAGCGUGGAUAACAUAGUGAUCUCUCCACCCGUGUUCCGCCACAUGAUUGAGCUACUCUGCAGACAUUUAUGGAUGACCAAUACCCCUGCCAUCAUCAAAGAGUACCUAUUCCACCUGUUGGCUCAGUCCCUGAGAAUCCUACACUACAGUGAGGGCUGUAACAGCAGCAAGCUGCCCACUCUGAACCCCCACCUCAACCCCUCCACAGGCCUGCUGGUACAGCUACAGGCCGAACUCCGCCGACUGUACGAGGAGGAAACCAAAGAUUGGCCCUCAGGAACCUUAGUCAGUGGAUCAGGCAUUGGAAUAGGAGUGUCAAACAAAGGUCGAUUUUCAACUUAUUUCCAUGCUCUAAUGGAGGUCAACCUAGCCGUAGCAGAGCUGAGGUAUGAGGACUACUUCAAGCCUCCUCCCAGCCUCACAGCUCCAUCAUCUUCAAACACCACGCUGGAGACCGCCUCAUCCUCCUCUCUUCAGACACUCAGCAGUCCCACUUCUUCAGCAAAGAGGAAGAAGCUGAAAGCGAAGAGAGAUAAAGAAAGAGGAGGAGCUGUGCCGAAGAGGACCACAACUCAGAGGACCAGUGAGAGCGACUCCUCAGUGUCUGUCAGCUCUGUGUCCUCGACAGAAGUGGUGCCUACUCCUCCCUCCUCCUCUACUACAGCUGCUGCUGCUGCCUCCUCCUCAUCAUCGGGAGCUUCCAUGGCGACAGCAGCCAGUGAACCUGGUAAAGGGGAUCCCAGUGGCACCAAUGUGAAAAUGGAGGACAUCCUGUGGCUACACAGAGCUGUGACAGUGUCCAAAAUUCUUAGGUGCUUGGGAUUCAAGGAAAAACAUGGAAGACGUUUUCUGAAUGAUGCAAUAUCUGAUGCAGCAAAGCUGUUGACAACUCCGUCGGUAGCAAGCCGCAUGCUGGUGAUAACAGGAAUCCCUCCAAACCUGUCCCCAGACACAGUGAAACAAGCCAUCAGAGCCUCAUGCAAUGCUAAUGGAGGUUUAGAAAGGGAUGAGAUCUUUCUACCAGAGCUGGAUGUCCCUUCUGAAGUCCAGCAGUUGCCAUCAGAGCCAUCAGAUCAAGAGUCUGCUGGAGCAUCUACAGAACAAGUGGAAAACAAGCCAGAGGAAACUCCUACCAAGCAUAUCAAAGGUUAUGCUGUCAUUAAUGUCCUAUCCAAAGCCAAGCUGGAGAAUGUAAAAAAGACCUUGUUCAAAAACAAAGUUCUGGUGAGCAGUUUGACCCAAGAUCAAGAAGAGGCUGGCGAUGUGCCAGAGGAAAUGUUGUCUGUAACCUCGGUCCUUCCGACCUUGGUGGGGGAACCUCACGCAAACACGGCCAUAGAGGAAUACCUCCAGUACAAGUUCUUCAGUGAUGAACAGCAGAAAGAAAUGGUGGACCCUGCAACCCUGGCUCUUACAGAAAUAUUCCACAGCUGUUUCAUAAUGGAGCACAAACAAGGGGGCAGUGAAGUUCGACACGAGUCUGGGUUUAUCUGUCUAGGGAAGGACCAGAUUCUGCAAAAUGUGCAAGAGAACUUGUUGUGUGUGUUCUUCAAUAACAUUAGGCCUCCAAAGAAAUCCCUGGCCGAGCAAACCAUGCAUAUCCUGCGACGUUAUGGGAUGUUGAAAUCACCUGAUAAAGAGUUAUCUCCUAGUGCAGAUAAACCUGGAAAAGGGAAACCAUCCAAGAAAUCUCCCAGAAGCUCCAAAGAGAAAGUGGUUCUUGGAGUUGUGGAGAAGGUAAACCAGAGAGACAAAAAGCCAAAAGGGAAAGAUUUUUCAGAGAAGAGUUCCAAAGAAGGUGCCACAUCAGACCCGGUAUCCACCAAAGGAGCCAAGCAAUCCUGGAUGCCAGAGGAGGCGAAAUAUCUGACCCUAGACGGAUUCCUCCAGUAUGUGAUGGAUUCUGCUAAACAAGACAUCCGCACUGUGUGGAGGGCCAUACUGGCAUGUGGAUUCGACAUCCACUUUGAAAGGUGUGCCUGUCUGGACAUGAGCCAGGCCUCACACAUGGCCAGUCAGUGGACCCCAGAGAUGGAUGCCGCCCUGGUCCUACACAUCAACUCCUUGUCCCGCAAACUGGCCAUCGCCACAGCACUGCUACACCCCCACGAAAUCCAAAUCUCAGAGGCAGUCCUCUCCAGUGAAAAGCUCAACUGUUUACAAGGUGUUCCACUGGAAAGCAUCCGGUUACGGUUUGCUCUGCUUCAGUCCCUCAACAAUACUCUGGAGACCUUCUACUUGCCCCUGGUGGAUCUCCGUCCGGCUCAAAUCUACAACCGGAGCACCGCAGCUCUACUGUCCAUGCUCAGGGGGCUGGUGUUCUACGACACCAAGAUAAACCUGAUGAACCGGGUCCUCAAUGCAACCGAACAAAGAAAACCGGAUCAGGCAGCUCCAGAAAUUACACUGGACCCUCUGGAGACCAUUCUCAAGGUGGAGAAGAGCUGCCUGGCUACGUGGCUAUGUCAGGCCUACAGACAGCUGCUGUCCAUUCCAUCGCGUCAGUUCUGUGUCAGACUGGCCAGUGGAGGUGAUCCAACCUACGCCUUUAAUGUCCGACUCACCGGAGAGGAAGUCCACGGAACUAGUGGCUCCUUCCGACAAUUUCUGUGGCAAGCUGCGAAGGAAAUCAGCGGUCCCUUGUUGCGACUUCUGAUUCCCUGUAACAACUCGGACAAGAAGGGUCGCUACAUCUUCCGACCUGGACCCAUGUCUUUCUCCGAGGAAAGGCUUCUUCAGUUCUUUGGACAAUUGCUAGGCAUCACGAUGCGAGCGGACAUCCCGCUAGGACUGGACAUGCUGGCCUGUGUGUGGAAGCUGUUGGUGGGGGCGGAGCUUGACCCGGUCACUGACCUCAAGGAGGCUGAUCUACUGACUUACAAUUACAUCAAAAAGAUAGAAAUGGUGGAAACGGAGUCGGAGUUGCAGGCCCUGUGUUCGGGGGUCUUCUCCCGCUUCGUAUACUCCUCCCUGGCAGGAGAAGAGGUGGAACUCAUCAACAAGGGGGGCACAGUGCAAGUCUGCUGGGAGAACAGACAGGAGUAUGUGGACGCCAUUAGAGGGCUGAGAUUCCAGGAACUGUUGUGUGAAGACAGAGUUAGGGCAGUGCAUUGUGGGAUAGCAUCCAUCAUUCCCUUUCAGCUCAUGGCGCUGAUGUCCCCAUUAGACCUAGAAAUCCGAACCAGUGGAUUACCUGUGGUGGAUCUUGAUUUUCUCAAGGCCCACACCAUGUAUCAGGUCGGACUGAUGGAGACGGACCAACACAUCCAAUUCUUCUGGAACACCUUGAGUGGGUUGAGUCAGGAGGACUUGGGGAAGUUCAUCAAGUUUGCUUGUAACCAGGAGAGGAUCCCCCAGACCUGUCCCUGCAGGGACGGUAAUGCCGACUCCAUGCACGUUCCACCCUACCCCAUGAAAAUUGCCCCUCCUGAUGGUGUGGGGCAGCCAGAUGAGCGCUACAUCCGGGUGGAGACCUGUAUGUUUAUGAUCAAACUCCCUCAGUACUCCAGUCAGGAGGUCAUGACUCAGCAGUUAAUGUAUGCCAUCAAUUGCCGGGAGGACCCACUCAGUGGCUAGACACCUCCACCACUCAAAACCCUGGAUCCUAAUACAGACAUUAACUAUCAGUGGUUCUACACCCCACCACUCAAAACCUUGGAUCCUAAUAUAGACAUUAACUAUCAGUGGUUCUACACCUCCACCACUCAAAACCCUGGAUCCUAUUAGAUCUCAUUAUCAUAAACAUCAACUUUCAGUGGCUAGACAACUCCACCACUCAAAUUCCUGGAUCCUUUUAUAUCAUGGAUGUUGGUGGCUCCAUAUCUAUAACACUCAAACCCUGGAUCCUAUUGUAUCUUGUAAUUAUAUUACCGUGGGUGAUAUUCCACACUUUUAUCCCUCAAAACCUUAGCUGGAUCCUAUCAACUCAGACAAACAUCAGAUCGACUCAUCAUUAUCCUCUCCAUAUGAAGGAUUCUUAGUAUUCCUACUAUAUUUAUCAAUUGUUCACUGUAUGUGUGAUGUUAUGAAGAAAUGAAUACACCCAUUUGUAGUGGUUUGUUUGAUGUUUAUGCUAUAAAUGUAGCCGUUAAUAUUGUUGAUAGAGUUUCACUUGCACCGGUGUAUUUUAAUCGUUAAAGCAUUUAACCAAAUAUUGUGUGUUAUGGUGUUACAUGCAGUGUGUGCUUUUAACAUGAUUGUGCUGUUAUAUUAGUGCUAUGGAACGAUGUAGUGUUAAAAUGUGUGUUAUCUUUCACAGGCUGUAUAGAUGUAUUGAGGGCACAAACAAAGUAUUUCUUUUUCUUCUUUUUCUUUUUUUUUCUAAUGAUUUUUCAUUUAACAUCCUUAACUUUUUUUUUCACUUUAAAGGCAUAAUUGUGUAAGAAUAACCGGAGAGGGAUGACGAAAGUGCUAAUUGAUUUGCAAAAUGUGUAUCGAAGCACUAGAUGGUUGCAAGUUUGUAUAUACAUCUCUAUGUAACAAAAUAUAUUUCUUUGUAUAUGGAAGUUGAGAGAUAGUGGGAAGAUAUUUAACUAUUGAAAGGUUUUUGUUUUAAUAUGUAGGUGUAUAUAUUAAAUUUAUAUCUACCAGCUAGGAGAUGCAAAAAAUAAACAACAUAUGCCAUAUUGUGCAGGUGUGAUAUUAGUGUGUAUAUAUAGAAGUUUGUUAGACAUUUGUAGUUUGUUGUCAGCUAUUAAUUCUACAUAUUUGUUUCAUCUAUGCCACAGAAUUGCUCUAGUAGAUCUCAAUUUUUUUUUUUAAGUUUGUAAAAGCAUUUACAUACAGCUGUUUAAAAACUUUAAGUGAGUUUAGUCUGAAUUUUGGAAAUAUAGAAUAUUUAAAUCAAGCUGGUUUUAGCUGUGUAUUGUGUCAAUAAUUAAUCUUUUGAAGUCUACAAAUAAAUACAAGUACAUAUACAGUAAUGUGGUUUCAUCAAGAAUUGUGGACAUCAAUUUUUGUGAAUUGAGUAAAAUUUCAAUGUUUCACAAACUUGAGGAGUCUGAAACUUGAGUAAAACAAUAUCAUUUAUUGUCAAGAUGUAUGCUUUCAUUUUGAUAAGCAUUGACUCAACAGUGAAAUUCACAUAAAUUGGUGUUUAAAGAUUUAUGGUGAAACCACAAUAUGCACGUCAAAAAGGACUCCAUUUGAAUGGCUUGCUUGUGCAUAUUGUUUUGCAAAAGUGUUUCUUAAAUUUCUUUUCAACACAAGUGGUACAUGUAGGUGUCCUGAAAAUGAGCAAUUCCCUGCUCAUUGAAGUAAUUAUUUUAUCUAUAUGUGUCAGUACUACAUCACAUAAAAUGUGUAUGAUUUUAUUUAUUUUGUUCUUUUAUCUUACUGAAAAUAAACUACAAUUAAUGUAACAAG